AUGGCCCUUUCCAAAGAAUAUACCAGUGAACAGCUGAAUUUUUUCAGAAUUUGUUAUGUAACUACUGAUGUUCUAGCCGACGGUCUAAGAGAAAUUUUUAAACAAGAAUGGGACAAAGUCUAUAAAUCAACAAAAGGAGAAUGGAAAGAUGAUUCUCGAAGUGGAACAGACUUUUAUAACGGUGAGUCUCCUCAAAAUCAAAAAAGAAAUGCUCUUCUUUUGGCCACUAUAAAAAACGGAAACAGAAGGGAAUGGGAGAAUUUUGCUCACAUAACUCAAGGACGUCUCUCUGACACGGAUUUUCAAAAUGCCAUUGGCAAAGUUGAUGUUGGGUUUCAAGCUCUUCGUCUCACUACUGAAAAAAAUCAAGGGAUUAAAAAUCAGGCAACGUUCCUAACGGAACAAUUACUAAACACCUUGAAAAACCUCCAAGAAAAAGAGAAUCAGCGACAGGUCCUUGCAGACCAGCUGUACAAAGAAGUGCCUUCAUUCUGCAUUCUCCCUCCUGAACCUGCACACGACAUUGGGAGUCGCGAUUGCGAGGUAGCAAAAAUAGCCCAACUGCUAAAGGAAUUAAAGAAGGCCAAUUACAACCGAUUGAGUUAUUCAUACAUCUCAGGAAAUCCUGGUAGUGGCAAAUCCCAGUUAGCUGGCCUCGUAGCUCAAAGGUUUUUUCAUGAGCAAGUCAAGGAAAUGCCAGACGCUUCUUCAUUUGUGAUGACCAUAAACGUUGCAAGCCCAGAUUCCCUUCUGGAGUCGUAUACCAACUUUGCUCGUCAAUAA